AUGUUGGCGAUUUCUCAUGAGAGCCUGCAUGGCACGGCUUCCAUAGACACCGUCGACACAUAUCCAACGCGGGUGGUCAGCCUUUGCAACGUGGACCUGAAGUGUUUGUUGGAUGAGGAGGAGACGACGUGUUCGCCGUUCUCUGACCCCGUAGGUCUGAAGAACAGCGAGUCGAUGUUCUCCGACGACCCUAAUUACUUAUGGUACGUGAAGCAGCAAGCUGAGAUGCUGCGAGGGUCAUCCCUUGGUUUCCGAAGCCAUAGGCGUGACAGCAGCAACGUUGGAAGCGACGUGAGUUCCACAUGCGUAAUGGUGAACAUUAAGCACGACACUUGUGUAAAUUUGUGCGACAACCCUUCUGACAUGUGGCACGGCCUGAAGAUGUCCGACGGUACACCAGUGGUAAUCCGGUCGAGGCGGACGCGUACGAAGCGCUACUCGGACAAACGUCGCAGUGCUGCGUCAAAGGACAUGUGCGCACCCAAGGGGUCAGACCGUAAAGCUGCAGAACUUGUCCGAAAACUAUCUAAAGAUCGCAACUUACCCGGUAGGAUCGGUCCUAUCGAUUAUGGCACUGGCUUUCUUUCUUUGCAGAGAUACGUCGGUCGCGGUGAUGGCGCGAGUAUGAUUUACCGCAUGAAGCACGCCAAUGUUCGAUCGGCGCACAGCUCGCGGCGUAAGGAAAUCGUCGUACGUCAGCGACAGCUGCAAGUUCAACAUAAGUUGGCGGAGGCACGUGGUGUCGUUUUCUCGAAGAGGUAG